AUGGCAUCCACGUCUGAAUCUGUCACCAGCGAGUCCACCCUAAAGGAACCCGUCGAAGAGCGCACUUUUGAGCAGGUGGUUGGCAGUAUAGCAACCGGGGCCAAGGAUGCACUCGUCAACCGGGACUUUCUUUCAUACAGCACACUAUUGGACAUAUUUUUGCAAGACCCCACCAAGUACACCGUGGAGGAAAGAGAGUCAUUAUUGGCGUGCGUCUUAAAGACGUUGCUGGAGAAUUCGGAGCUCACGUAUGAAAUCGGCUGGGAUCUACCUUCGUUGAUCAUCGCGUAUGUCGACUCCGAUUACGAUUUCUCGUCGGGGAUCAGGAACGCCCCCUGUGUGUAUAAGGUGUUGAAGAUAUUCGAAGUUUUGGCGAAAGAAGGCAACCCAAAGGAACUCUUUUUGAAAGGGUGCGAGUUGUUGGAGACGCUCCAUGUGAACGUGGACAAUGCCGACGAUGCAAAAUACGUCAGGCUCCAUCAGGAAAAUUUUUUUGACAUCAAGUUGUACUGCGUGCUUGAGCUUAUUGAUGCUAACGUGAAAAAGAUCCAUACGCUCUACCCGUCGCGGUUCUUGGCGAUGGCCAUCGGCUCAUUUGUCAACUUGGUUUACCUUUUGAAUAACACCGAGGGAAAUACGCUCGGCAACAACCAUUUUGUGUUGCAGAGAGCUUACACUUUUGUGAGAAACUAUACGGGGUCGCCUGAGCCUCGCGAGGUGUCGGAGUAUACAAAGGAAGAGCUCGAUAAGAUUAGACUGGAUGAAGCGUAUUUGCAGAGGAAAAUGUUGACGGGAUUCACCACCAAUAUCAUCAACAUGUGCACGAAGCAGCACCCGGAAGGAUUUGCCUUGGACUAUUUUUGUCAAUUGCAGAGAAGGGCCAACAAGAGAGUCAUUUACGAGUUUGAAUACAGCACGGCGAUCUUGGACAGGUGGGUCGAGUUGGCGUACCUGUUUGACAUUUCCUUAAAGACCAAAUUUGACCAAUUUGUGCUGGACUCGCGCAAGCUCAUUGACUCGGUCGACUUGAGCCAAGAAGACGCCGGCGAGGUUUUGUUUGAAAAAUGCGUGGUUGACUAUCAGGAAAAUAUGUAUACCAACAUUGUCAACAGCAGCGCCAAGACUAUAAACGACUCCACGUUGGGAGAAUUGAUCUUGUUUACCAACUCGGCGGUGUCGAAACAGAAAUUGCAACCACGGAAACAUAAACUGGAGCAAGGCAAAGUCACGACCAUGAGUUUCAAAGAUGCCAUUUGCAUGGCGUUGCGAUUGGUUGUGCCGCAGAUGGUGCAACCUGUAUUCAGCCAAAAGACCAUCCAAGAUUUGGUCUUGUACUGGACGUGGGUCGUGGUAUCAUCGCCCCAUAACUCCCAAUGUCAGGACUUGAGGAGACAAGUGCGGGAAAUACCCGAGCGCUUAAUUUCGAUAUUCUACCAACUUCUACUAUUCGCCAUGGUGGAGAACAAAGACCGCCCCACGGCGGGGUACAUGGUUCUAACUGCACUCACGAAGCUAUUGUUUCUCAGCCCCGAGCCAGUCGGGUUCGCUUUCAUUCGUGACUCGUUGGAGAAUUGUCCUUAUCAGAAUGUAAAGGCGCCGUUGAUUGGCAUAUACAAGGAGUUGUUGUUGAAUCUGCGAAGUGGCACCACGGAAGAGUUGGAUUUAGGCAAGGCGUCCCUUAAGGCAAAUGUAAAUGGUGGCGAGAAGCAAGAAAAAGGAGCCCCGCCGCCAUUACCCCCGAGACAAUCGUCGUUGUCCACCGAUGAUUCCUACAGCUUGAGGCAGGAGAACCUCAACGACAUAUUGGAAUUGAUGCUCAUUACUUCGUCAGACACCUUGAUGAAGAACAACGACAACGACGAUAUCGUGAUGAUCAACUCGGGCAGUUUGUCGACCUUGGCUGCAUACUUGAAUUUCUUCGUUGCGCUCAAGCGAGACCCCAUGGUGGUUGCGAACAAGGCCAAGAUUGAAAAAUUGUUGAAGCUGAUUGAAGAUGAUCUCGACGACAUCAAGCAACAUAGCGAGAACCAAUUCGAGAAGAACGCUGCUGGGAUGCUCCAACUUACAAUCGACCGAUUCAGAGAUUAA